AUGGCGAGCAUAUACGGAUGGGAAAAGGUGGAGAGCAUCAAGAGUCUGAGCGAUUUCGCACCAGUACAUCAGCGGGUCAGCCGACGUAACAAGGCUGCUGCGCAUCAGUCCAAGAUUGGUUUCUCAUACCAUCUCUUUCGGUGGCCAUUACUAGGUCUCAUCUUCCUCUUCAUCUACCUCGAGUUCGGUCUCUACGUCUUUCUUAGACAAAUCGUUACUGGUGUCGAAUGGACAGUUGCAUCCGUCGGUCAACGACGUAAACGCAAACUCGUCCGAAAGCUGAAGGCGUCCACAACUUACGAGGAAUGGAGGAACACGGCGACCGAGCUGGACUACGCACUCGGGUUUCAAGAAUGGAAGGAGACGGACGAAGACCCCAAGUACGAUUAUCCCCUGAUCAGGAAGGUCAGGAAGAGUCUGGUCCACCUGCGGUCGGCGGGGGAUGUGACGGGGUUGAUGGGAGUGUUGGAGAUUUGUUUGAGGAACAAUUUCGCUGGGGUUGAGGGGGUGAGGAUGUAUUCCGAGACGUUUCUCGGCACCAAAAAUCUGAUCGAAUCAUACGUGAACGAGGUCAAGCGUUCGCUCGACUACCUCCGCGAGAGCCCCGAUCUAUCCCUUGACGACAAACGUCGUUUCUACCGAGCGAUCAACAAGAAUUACGGAGCUUCCGCCUUAUGUCUCUCUGGCGGUGCGGGAUUCGGCUAUUACCACUUUGGAGUUGUCAAGGCGUUCCUCGAAGCCGACCUGUUACCAAAAGUGGUCACCGGAACGAGUGCCGGGGGUAUCGUGGCCGCGCUGGUGUGUACGAGGACGGACGACGAGUUGAGGGAGUUGCUCGUCCCAGAGCUAGCCGAUCGUAUCACGGCUUGCGAAGAUAGCCUUCUUGUCUGGCUUAAGCGAGUAUGGAAGACUGGAGCUCGUUUCAGUCCAGUCGAAUGGGCCAAAAAGGCUACGUUCUUCACACGCGGUUCCAUGACGUUUCGCGAGGCAUACGAACGUACCGGAAGAGCUCUCAACAUCUCGGUUGUCCCUCAUGAUCAGCAUUCGCCCACAAAGCUCUUGAACCAUUUGACAGCACCCGAUUGCGUCAUCUGGUCCGCUAUCAUCGCUUCGGCUGCGGUACCGGGAAUCUUGCCUGGUGUCGUGUUGAUGCAAAAAACCAAAGCUGGGGAUCUUCGACCGAUGAACUUCGGAAGCAAAUUCAAGGACGGGAGUCUGCGAGUUGACAUUCCCCUGGAGAGCUUGCAUUUGCUCUUCAAUGUCAAUUACGCGAUUGUUUCUCAGGCAAACCCGCACGUUCACCUAUUCUUCUUCGCACCUAGGGGCUCAGUCGGUUCGCCCGUCUCGCAUCGGAAAGGCAAAGGCUGGCGGGGUGGAUUCCUCUUGUCGGCAGCCGAGCAGUACCUCAAGCUCGAGUUGACCAAGAACUUCAAGGUCAUCCGGGACCUCGAGCUCAUGCCCCAACUUCUAGGUAGUGACUGGAGUUCCGUAUUCUUGCAACGGUUUGCUGGAAGUGUGACGAUCCUCCCCAAAUCCCGAAUAUUGGACUGGUUCCGCUUACUGAACGAUCCCGACCGGAAAGAGCUGGAUCGAAUGAUGCGAGUCGGUCAGCAAGUCGCAUGGCCUACGCUCCACAUGAUUGAGAAUCGGCUGAAAGUCGAGGUGAGUUAA